AUGGCCGCGUCUUCUGGUUCUGAUAUCCUAUCCGCUAAUUAUCAGAAUGGCAAACAGACUUUUAUAAUCCCACUUACCUUUCAAGACGUGAACGAUGCAAAGCAUGUUCUUACUCGAAUUGGAUAUUCAGGGGAUAUCUGGGAAUUGAGAGUCGACUUGCUUGGGUCGGGGGUCAUUGAGGAAGAAAAUAUACCUGAUCCUCAAUAUGUGAAGAAGCAACUCGAAACGCUACAGUCACUAUCUCCUUUGCCUAUACUUUUCACGAUCAGAACCCGAUCACAAGGAGGGAAAUUCCCUGAUACUGCUGUUCAAGAGGCUUUAGAUUUGAUGAUCUUAGCCGUGGAUGCGGGCGUGGGCUAUAUUGAUGUCGAAAUCGAAUGGCCAGACUAUCUCAUCCAAGAGAUCACCAAAAGAAAAUCCGAGAGCAAAGUCGUAGCAUCUUAUCACAGCUGGACCGGUGAUGUCCGCUGGACAGGGGAAGUGCUCAGGGAGAAAUUUGUCGCUGCAAAUUCUUUCGGAGAUAUUAUAAAGCUCAGCAUUCUUUCUACGGUUAUCGAAGAUUGCUUCGAUCUGGGUCUCUUUGUUCGCGACUAUAAAGCGCAGCAUGAAAAACCACUCCUGGCUGUUGGCAUGGGUCUUAAUGGGCAGCUGUCGAGGAUAACUUCACCUAUUUCCUUAGUCACACAUCCUCUCAUUCCUUUUCCAUCUGCACCUAGUCAACUAAGCCUCGCAGAGGUCCAUAAGGCUCGAUAUCUGAUCGGACAACUUGAGAAAAGGGAUCUGUCCAUUCGAGGAACGGAUGAGCGUUCGGUCCGAAGAGUUGCACAGUGUCUACAAGCGGCAUUCGAUGAGCUAGGCUAUCCCCAUUUCUGUCAUGUGGAUGGUUCGGAUCGGUACAAGACAAUAACGGUAACUGAGACACUAGAAUCGGCUGAUUCGGUGUUGGAAUUCGUGGGCAAGCUGUUUACGAGUAUAACAGAACGCCCGGCGCCUCUCUCUGUCAUAGAACAAGUGGCAUCUACAGUAAAUUAA